GUGCGCAAGGACGGUUGGCGGUACGGCCUUUACGCCUGCUCCCGGAGCCGUUCUAGAAAUUUCUGGGGCCCUGCUUCUUCCCACACCCGAUGGCCUGAUGGUGAGGAUGCUGCGCGGCAAGCGGCCUUUGAGUUUCGGGCACUGGCGUUGGGCACAGCGGCGGCCGGGUCCCUCCCCACCUGCUGGGUCUGGGGAAAUUUGUGCUUCCUGUCUGGUUUCCUUGGUUAGAAACUCAAACGCAAAGGCUAAGGAACGGCAAGGCCACGGUCAGACUGAGAAUUUACCAGUUUACACGGUUCUCUCUAGAGAGUUGCAAGAACACCCAGUUUGUAACCGCUAAUUUCUUUCUUGGCACUUGUACGAACCGCCCCGCCCACCUCUACCGUCCCAAAUACGAGCAGCGCAUGCGCAGGGAACUCUGGGAGGAGGUGAAAAGGCCGGCACUGGCUCUGGCCGCCUUGCACUGUGGGAGUUGUAGUCCUGGCGCCUUUCCCUCUUGCGGUAACUCGGUGAGGAGUGAGGUCUUCGGACUACUAUUCCCAGGACUCCCCGAAGUUUCCCAGAUUACUUUGCAAAGGCAUGGCGGGUAGAGUGUGACUGUCAGUAUGGAAGGUAAUUAAAGUGUUUUAAUUCCAGCAAAAAGAGCACCGACGAGAAGAGGAGGUGGACGCAACUUCUUUUGGGAGCUAACGUUUUUGCCGAACACGCCAUGCAGAAUUAGCGGUGUGAAUGUGUAGACCUGAGUACACUCCGGCGGGGUGUGUAUUGUGCGGUGAAACUUUGCUGUUCGUAGUUGUCACCUUUCCAAAGCGGAGCGGUUUUCUGUGAACAUGAUUUGUAACUUUUUACGAGCUGUACAGUGUGCGGAGAAGCUGCGCAGGUCCUCCGGGAAGCGGCUGUUUCUGCCACACUUAGUGCUUAACAAAGCUUGCUUGAAGACUGCGCCCACUUUGAGCUGGGGUCUGCGAGAGCCAAAGAAAACGGUGCGCCCUAAAUGUGCCCCUGACGUCACCCAGAAAACCAUCUGGACGCAGGGGCAGAGCCCCCCGAGAGCAAAAGAGGACAGCAGCAAGCAGGUGUCUGUGCACAGAGAGACCGGGGAGACCAUCGUCUCAACGUCACAGAAAGUGAAGGAAGCUGGGAGAGAUUUUACCUACCUGGUGGUGGUUCUUCUUGGAAUCGGCAUCACAGGUGGCUUGUUUUACACGAUUUUCAGAGAACUGUUUUCUUCGUCCAGUCCUAAUAAGAUCUAUGGGAAAGCCUUAGAAAAAUGCAGAUCACAUCCAGAGGUGAUCAGUGUCUUUGGUGAGCCGGUGAAGGGCUACGGGGAGGCGACCCGCCGCGGGCGAAGGCAGCACGUCAGUUUCAUUGAGUACGUCAAGGAUGGGCUGAAACACAUGCGUGUGAAGUUCUACAUCCAGGGCUCCGAGCCUGGGAAGCAAGGAACAGUGCAUCUCGAAGUGAAAGAGAACCCAGAAAGUGGCGAAUAUGAAUUUCGAUACAUAUUUGUUGAACUUGAGUCCUUCCCUGGAAGAACUAUUGUCAUCGAAGACAAUCGAUCCUGAGGGGAUCGCGGGACUCAGGCACGCGCGGCUUCUGGGGGGGGGAUGUGGAACCCCGCACACCCGCAGGCUGGUCUCCCCCCUCUCCUCCCGAGUCUGCAGAGUAAGACAAGAAAGAACACACGGCUCAUAAAAGUGAGUGUAAGGGUAGUAAUUGCAUUUAGACACACUGAAGUGGCGAUUUUCCUGUAGACGGCAAAAUCAUGAAAUGGAAUGUAUUUUACGUUCUCUCUGAAUCGAUCAUGGACAGUGUUUCUGCUCUAGUGAACAUCAUCUUUCACGAUAAGAGAUUUUUGUUAUUAAACGCUUUAUACCAUGUAAAUGAGGAAAA